AUGGCGCGCGGCACGCCGGUGCGGUGGCCGCGGGUGCUGGCGCCGGCGCACCUGGCCGGAGCCAUCCGCCGGCAGAAGAACCCGCGCGAGGCCGUGCACCUGUACGACUCCGCGCCGCGCUGGUACCCGCGCUCCUCCUACCGCCACAGCGACGCCGUCCACGCCUCCCUCCUCGCCGCGGCCUCCUCCUCCCCCACGCUCCUCCCCUCCCUCCUCCGCCGCGUCCUGCGCCGCUCCCCCUCCGCCGACGCCCUCCUCGCAUCCUCCAUCCCACACCUCCCACCCCCAACCGCACUCUCCCUAUUCCGCUCCUCGCUCCCCGCCUCCCCCGCCCCGUCCUGGUCCCGCUCCUUCUCCGCCACCCUCCGCCACCUCCUCUCCCGCGGCCUCCUCCCCGAGGCCGCCACGUUCCUCCAAGACUUCCAGUGCCGCCCUGAGGUCUCCAUAUCGUCUGAAGACCUCACCACGCUCAUCUCAGAGCUCUGCUGUGUCAACCGCCCCGACCUCGCGCUGCAGGUGCUCGAGGAAAUGCCGAACCAGUGUCUCGCGCCAGAGAGAGGCGCCUACCGCGCGAUCGUCCCCGCGCUCUGCGACGCCGGCAUGCUCGACGAGGCCACGCACGUCGUCUACUCCAUGCUGUGGCGCGUGUCGCAGCGGGGCUGCGACGGGGACGUCGUGGUGUACCGGGCGUUGCUGGUCGCGCUCUGCGCGGCUGGCCGGGGCGAGCUGGCGGAGCAGGUGCUGGAUAAGGUUAUCAGGAAGGGGCUGAGGACCCCAGGUAGCAGGCGCUCUCUCCGUGUGCCGAUGCUUGCUGUGCUCAACAUCGAGGAUGCCCGGGAAGCCAUUGACCGGGCGCUGGUCGUACGAGGCGGACGCACUGUUUCGAGCUUUGAAUCUUUGAUCCUUGAUUUGUAUGACGAGGGACGGUUGAAUGAGGCGGGCAAUUUGUUUCGGGACAUGGGCAAGAAGGGGUUCAGGCCGACGAUAUGCAUGUAUGAAGCCAAGAUCACUGCCUUAUGCAGGGAACAGAGGGUAGAUGAUGCAAUCAAGGUGUUGGAGGAGGAGUUGGCCAACAAUGGCCUCGUUCCCACUGUGACUACAUAUAACUUGUUAAUCAAGGGUCUCUGUGAUAGUGUGCAAUCUGCAAAGGCUCUCGGAUACCUUAAAAGGAUGGAUAAGCAGCUUGGGUGUGUUGCUGGAAAGGAGACUUUCUCUAUCUUGGUCAGGGGCUUGUGUUCACAAAGCCGGUUUGUCGAGGCGGCAAGGGUUAUGGAGAGGAUGGUGAAGAGCCGCCAUCGUCCUGACAGAAGCGAAUUCGGCAAUGUUAUUGAAGGUUUAUGUUCUGUUGGCAGAACAUAUGAUGCACUGCUGUGGCUGGAGGAGAUGAUUGACCAUGGAGAAACACCUGAUGUCCAUGUUUGGUCGUGUUUGGUUUCAUCAGCUUUAGGAGUAGCAGAAACAGCUACUAUGUGAGAAUUAGGAUUGGCACAACAUUAUUCUUGAAGCACACUGAAGACAAAAACAAAAGAAUUGGCUGUGAUGUGUUUAACGCAGAAGGAAAAAAAAGAAACAGUAUUGGACCUGUGGAGAUUAGCCUGAACUGCUUGCCAGUUUUUAUGAGUACGAAGAGGAGGGGAAUCGAGCUUGCUAGGUCGUGCCCACUAGCAUGAGGAGGUUCAAAGAGUGCUGCUUAUUUUUCUGUUUUCACCUGAUACAUGUUUGAUGAACUGUGGAGCUGCCAUCACAUUGAAACCGUGCUGCUGUUCUGGAUGUAGUGGUAGCAGGUUGGAACCAUGUUGGUGGCGCUGAUGGAAAAAGAAGAUCAGACAGAGAUGUAUCUUUAUCUAUGCACCGCCACAUGUCCGAGUUUGGAUCCACGAAGGAGCAACAACCUUCCUCACAGAUAACAAUUCUGCCUUCUGAUGACAUGGCUGCCAUUGCCAAAAUGUUCUUGAGAGUCAGCUUUUGAUCAAGGUACUGGCCUACUGGAAAGGGUGGCUGGGUUUUUUAUGGCAUUGCUGUGGACUAUUGGCAGCCGCGCUGCUCCUUCUUCUAUCGCUGAAACAUGCAUUCGGUGUACAUAGGCUGAGGCCUUUCUCUGCAAAUGGAUUCAGUCACUUGUCAUGCAAUUCUCAUGAUAAAUCUGAUGCUGGAUGUUUGGUUCAUUUUACAGUUUAAGCUGGAGCAUGUGCCGAGGAGAUAGUGUCGCCCUAUGUCGGGCGAACCAUGUUGUCAAUGUAGGGCUGGAUGCUGUCAUGUAGACAGACCAAGUCCCAAACUUUGUUUCGGGUGUAUCUUGGUUUUUUUUAGCAAGCUU